AGAAAGUAUUAUCUACAAAUUAAAGUCGUGAAUAAUAAGAAGAGCGCAAUUGUGUUAUCAAUCUCAGUAAUAGAUUAUAUCGAUUGGUUUAUAUAUUGAAAGUUUUCAUAAUUAGUAUACAUUAUCAUUUAUUUAUUUUUCAAUAUUUUAUUAAACUAUUUUUUAAACAUACUUAAAUAAACGAUUUGUUCGUUAAUACGAAUGAAGAAUAAUUUUUAUCAAACUAAACAGUUUGUGUGAAGUGUAUUAGGUUAGAAUAUUUUAUAUAUUACAUGCAGGAUUCAUGUACAUGUGAACAUUGAUGCGUUUGAUACGCACACAUAUACACGUAAACUUUGUAUACAUAUAUAUUUCGAAGGGUUGCGCAUAGUAGAAAAUAUCUUCUGACUGACAGCUGGCAGCACGACACGCAGGAGUGGCAGAUCAUGUAAGGAAUUUUCAUUGGAAAAAAACAAUAUUAGUUCAAUUUGAGAGCAAAAGGACUGCCAAAAUAAUAUUAGAAGAAUUGGCAGGAUAGGCAGACGUAGGCAGAACAGUGGGGGUGGGGGUGGGAGAUUCAGAGGCGGUAUGACACGACCUCCCAACAAUGACAACCUUAUGACCUUUAAAUUGGUCGUGGUUGGAGAUGGAGGAGUUGGAAAAAGUGCGUUGACCAUACAGUUCUUUCAAAAAUUAUUUGUCACCGAUUAUGAUCCUACCAUCGAGGAUAGUUACAUUCAACAUACCGAAGUAGAUAACCAAUGGUGUAUUCUAGAUGUACUAGAUACAGCUGGCCAGGAAGAGUUUAGUGCAAUGCGUGAACAAUACAUGAGGAAGGGUGAUGGAUUUUUAUUGGUAUAUUCUGUGACGGAUAAACAGUCGUAUGAAAACAUUGUCAACUUUCAUACUCAGAUUCUUAGAGUUAAAGACAGAGAUGUUUAUCCUAUGCUUCUCGUUGCCAAUAAAGUUGAUUUAGUACACUUAAGAAAAGUGACAGAAGAACAGGGACGGGAAUUGGCACAUCGUUUGGGUAUUCCUUAUAUUGAAACUUCUGCCAAAGAUCCACCUCUAAAUGUGGAUGCUGCGUUUCAUGAAGUUGUACGCAUAAUUAGAAAUCAACCGCCAGCUGAAUUGGAAAAAAAUCGUCGAAAACGAAGACGUACCGGAAAGUGCAAUGUUCUUUAAGUCUCUUGGUAAUAUUAUUGCAAAAGGAAUAAGGUUUUGUUACCUAAUAUUCUAAGCACACAUUUAUUCAUACAAAAAAUGCCACAAAAGCUAAGACGAAUCAUUUUCACAAUCAUUAGUUCACCGAUAAUAUAUAUCAAUGCCUGUGUUUCAAAUGCACAGUUAUAUAUUUCAUUUCUUGCUAUUCGAUUAUAAUAUUAUUAGUUAUUCGUUGUAUUAUCGAUUAAUGUUUCUUUAAAUUAGCGUAUCGACUAGGAUUCAAUAAUGGAUAUCAUCGACUCAAAAAGAAAAAAGAAAAAGAAGAAGAAAAAAAGAAAAAAGAAAACAAGAAAUAUGGCAUAGUUAGUUGUAAAUUACAUUCGUCGCAUUGAAUUCUGCAUUGAUUUAGAUUAAGCUACUCAAAAGUAACAUUAGAUGGAAAUAUUGACCAUUAAUCUUUUGUGUACAAUACGGGAAGACUACGGGGUCUUCAUUCUUGCAUACACAUCAAUUUUCUACCAUCGAUAAUGUAACACGGAAUUGAACGUUUUUUAUUGCAUAAUUAUAGGGAAGGGUUUUUAACUUCUCCUUGUAAAAACUUGUCAUGAAAUGACUAUAAUGGUUUUAUAUAUAUCGACUCAGCUCAUAUUUUAAAAAGGCUGUCGAAAGUUCUAGCUUUAAGCGUAUUUAUUUUCCUAAUUAAAUAAUUAUUUCACUCCAUUAUUUCAAUUCUGGUUGAUCUUCUAACAUAAGAGAUAAAUGAAAAAAAGAAAAA